AUGCCGCUCGCGACAUCGCGCGCUAAGAAACACGACGCCAUCGACGACGCGUUGACGGCGGAAGACGCGCGAGAACACGCGGAUAAGUUGGCGAAAUCUUUGUCCAUCUUCGCCACGAUCCCGCGCGCCAUCGCCGAGGCGCACAUUCGUUUACGAGGUCGAGCGUGUCCAGACGAGCGCGCGAGCGACGCCGACGUGCGAGGCGCGCUACUGAAAGCGCUGAGCGAUGAAGUCUUGGCCGAGCGAGAGUGUAAGCUAAAGGGAACGAAGUUUGAGCCGUACGUGAACGCACGGCCGAAGCCGGCUGCGGCUGCAGCGGCGGCUCGAACGGGACGGACGACGACGCGCGCGGUGGUCGAUGGCGAUCGUCGAAGCGCGUCGAGAGAGACGAAAAUAAUCGGUGGCGAUCGUGGAGACGGCUCCGAUAGCGAUAGUUCGGUUGGUGUGGCGAGCAAAUUCGUGCCACGGGAAAUCGAAGACGAAGACGAAGACGAAGACGAAGACGAAGACGAAGACGAAGACGCGACGACGAGCGACGACGAGGAAGAAGAGUAUAGCAGUGACGGAGAUUAUAGCGGCGAAGAUGACUACGCCGAUGACGGUGGAAAUUUCUUCGGUCGAGCGGCAGAGGAACCGCCGGCACCUGAAGGGGCGAAUCCGUUCGCGAGCAUGGGGGACGUCGAUUUCGGCGAAGAGGCGCGCGCACAAAUCGAAGAAGCGAAGCGUAUCGUGGCCGAACGCAAGGCGCAAGCGUCGAAUUUAGCGGAUGCAUUAGCGAGCCUACAAACGUCGGACCCGGUGUCGCCGACGCCUUCAGGCCGUGUCGCGUUCAGCGACAAGGGCGACGACGUUGCCAGCAUCGCCGGCUCCAUCGCGGGUUCAGACUUCACCGACCGCUUCGAUGCGAUAUCAAUAGCUUCCAUCGCCGCCACGCUCGGAUCUGACGCCACAGAUCGAGUUGCAGACGUCGACGGGAGUGAAUUCGACGUCGCCAGUCUCGCAUCUCAUGGCACGCAUCGUGCGACCACCGACCUCGGCUCGGACGACGAGCGCGAAGCCGCAAUUUUCGAGAGCGAGGACGAGCGCGACAGCGUCAGUUCGGACGAGCGUCACGGCGCCAAGGAAAAUGCUCCACCAUCGCCUCCAUCACCGUAG